CCCAACUCCAUUCUGUCCCGAGAGAAACAAGGAUGACUACCUCAUUCAAUACAAAACCUUACACCUACACCCGCUACCCACCCACCAUCUCCCCCUCAAUCCCACGCCUAGACACAGAAGAAGACAUCAAGAAGGCCGUGCUCGCCAACCCCGAAACCACCUUCGAUGAUACGGUCGACACCACCGGCGGCUGGUACCAGAAAGACAUGGAAGGGAAGGUGUUGGCCAUUGUGUCGGAUCAGAUGUGUGAGGAGCUAGAUGCGAGGAGAGAUCAUGCUGAGGCGUGGGUGAAGGAGAAUGAGAGAAGGGAGGCGGCGGGCGAGCCGCCCUUGGAGCCUGUUUGUUGGAGGAGGUAGGAUAUAAGGAAGAGAGGGGAGGACACUUAGGGACGAUAGUGGCUGUUAGUUUUUACGGUGUUGGGUGGGUAAGGGGGGGUCUCGUUGGGUUUCCUUCAUUGGAUUGGAUUGGUUUGUAUGGUGAUCAAAUAUAUGCUUCGGCGUUGUUGAGGGCUCUAUGUCGUUGCUGAAGGUUGAACGACGCAUGAAAAACUCAAGA